CUAUGUUCAGAGUAUACUUGUUGCACGCGGUGGAGUUGGAUCGGCGGUUGGUCGAGGAGGGAAGAAAGGGGACAGAGACAAGAGUAGAAGUAGAAGAUUCUUCUUACGUUAACGUGGGACUUCGCGAGCUUUCCGCAAGCUGGUGAGCGCGUCUCGAUCAAUUAGCAUAUGCCACUUCCUAGCGGGAAUUUUGUUUCACUGAUUGAAUAAAGAUAGCUACUUCCUAUUUGAUGUAAUAUCUUAUUGCCUAUAAUCUAAUGUAAUGAUUUUUUGAGUAGACCAUAAUGCUGUAUAAUAGUUUGAAUAUACUUUAACAUUAUUUGGUAAUAAAGAAUAUACAACAUGUCACAUCAUUUUGUCACAGUUUGUGUAGUUUGUGUUUUAUGUGCUGCACGCACUCCAUGUUCAGCACAUACUGAAUUCUCAACAGCGGGAAAAACAAUUCAUAAUUUUGUUAACUCUGAGAAGCAGUUAGGACCUAAUGAACAAUUACAGCCAUCUUGGUUAUUAAUAAAAUCCAAAGAAACACAGCAGAGAGAUGUGAGAAAAUUAAAUUUAAAUAAUCUAGGCGCUUAUAACAAUGGUGCUGUUGAAUUUUCAAAUAUGUUAGAUAACAAUAGCAGAAGCAAAACUAUAUUAUUGGUACCAAUUGCCACAAAUGAAAUCUAUACUAAAAACAAAAACACAGAAAUUGUAAAAGUUAAUGAAAAUGUUGAAAUCCCAAUAAUAAGGGAAGAUCCAAAAAGCUUAGAAGAUAUAGAAAUAUUAGAAAGGCUAGGCCAAAUUGAAAUUAUGCACAAUGAUGAAUUAAUUGCAGCACAAUUUGAUGGAGAUCAAAAUCCUCUUAACAGGAUUAGGACAAAAAGAAAUGUAGAUAUUAUAGAUGAAAAAUAUUUCAUUGAAAAGAUUUUUGAAGCUUAUGGAGAUGGUACAAGCAUAACAAUGGAGGGCUUUGAAAAAUUGUUAAAAAAGUUAGGACUAUUGAGAUUAUUAACAGAUAUAUCAAGCUUAGAAAAUCAUAAUACUGUUACUAGUCAAAAUGAAAAUCCACUGGACAAGUCAAAGAAUUUACAAAAUAAUGGCCUACCAGAAUAUGAAAAUGGAGCUAAAAAGGAACGGUGCUUAAGUAGUAAAGAAUUAUUAAGUACUGUUGCAAGAGAUAUGCCAUACAAUUUGAUCACUAAUAAUAAUUCAACAUUACCAAGUUGGCUUUUUGAACGCGUGUGUCCAGCUCUUGUUUACCAACUAGCAGGUGAAUCAAGCUCAGAGAGAAAUGGAUGUAUUCGUGUACCAGAGAAUUAUAAGCCAAUAAUUAAUAAAUAUCAUGGAGAAGACGUUACUCGGAAUAUGGUUCAAGUGUGGGCCUAUUCAACAAUCAGUAUUCUAAUAAUCAGUCUCUGUGGUUUACUUGGUGUAGCUGUUAUACCUUUCAUGGGUAAAGUUUAUUAUCAUCAAUUAUUGCAAUUUUUAGUUGCACUUGCUGUAGGAACAUUGUGUGGUGAUGCUCUUAUUCAUCUUUUACCACAUGCAAUGAUGUCACAUCAUAAUCACGAACAUAUUCAUAAUGACCAUGUUGAAUUAGAUUCUAAAGAGGAACAUAACAUGAAUAUGUGGAAAGGGCUAGUUGCAAUGAUGGGUCUUGCAUUAUUCUUUUUUACGGAGAAAGCUUUAACGAUGUUAGCAGAAUGGAGGAAACUUCGACAACGUCGCAAUAAGCUUCCAUCACGUGUUCGAGUAAUGAGAGAAACUGAUGGACCAAACAGCAAUGUUGUUGGAGAGAAACUUUGCAAACACAAAUAUUCGUCGUAUCCAUAUUGUUAUGGUGAAAUUAGCACGGAUCAAGAUAAUCAUCAUAACCGUCAACAUAAUAACCAUGAGAGACCUCCUGUGAUUGAGGAGGAAAAACCAUUGACGUCUAACUGCAAUUCAGUUUCAAAAAUUAUGACAAAUGAUGUAGAGAAGAAACCAACCGAAGAUUGGAGAUUAGACGAUUCAAUUGUAAAUACUAAGAAAAAUACGGAUGGUGCAGAUAUACCUUUAAAUGAAUCAGAAAGUUAUACUGUUAUUAUACGCGAACAUGAAAUGAAACAUCAUGGUCAUACUCAUUCACAUGGCCAUGUUCAUUCUGCACCUGAAUCUAUGUCUAGUGUUGCUUGGAUGGUAGUAAUGGGUGAUGGUUUGCAUAACUUCACAGAUGGUAUGGCUAUAGGCGCUGCUUUUUCAGCAAAUAUAGCGGGUGGCUUCUCCACAGCAAUAGCUGUAUUUUGUCACGAAUUACCUCAUGAAAUAGGAGAUUUUGCAGUUUUGUUGAAAGCUGGUAUGAGUGCUAAACAGGCUGUUUUUUAUAAUGUGUUAUCUUCCGUACUUUGUUUGUUUGGUAUGAUAUUUGGAGUAUUAUUAGGGAGCACUCCUGCUAUAAGUAGUUGGAUAUUUGCAGCUGCUGCAGGAAUGUUUAUAUAUAUAGCAUUAGUAGAUAUGAUUCCAGAAUUAUCUUCAAGUCACUCUGUGGAGCGCAGUUCUCAAUGGCAAUGUAUUUUACAAGCGUUAGGGCUAUCGUGUGGCCUUGGAAUAAUGUUAAUUAUAGCACUCUAUGAACACGAUCUUAAAAAUAUAUUCAGUGAUUAAAUUUACAAAGACUGACAAGUUUUUUGAACAAUGGUAAGCUUGCAGUACUUCCUAGAACUAUAUUUACAGUCAACAAUUAAGUCAAUAAAGCUUUGACUGCCCAUUCUUACCGAAACAAUAUUUACUGUUACUAUAAUAUAAACAAUUUACUUUUUCUCCUUCUCACAUUUAGCAUAAGAUUUCUUAUUAAUAGCAACAUAGUUUGUUAUUAAAAACUUAAGAAGGUACUAUAAUGGAAUAAAUGUUUUACAAUAUUAAAACUAUUCGGUGCACAAGAACAAAUGAGCUAAACAACUUGAAGAAAGGUAGAUAAUUCAAAUGCAACGACAAUAUUUGAAGUAUGCUUAUUAAAAAUUAUAUUUGAGAUAUUGCGUUCUUUGAAAACAAUAAAAACAGUGAAGAUUCAAGCUGAAAGUUGAACAUUUUGCAAUUUAUUUGAUAAAUUAUUAUAAAGAUAGGUAAUCGUAAUCAAUUUUUACCAGAUAGUUUUUGAUAUUUUAUUACUAAAAUCACAUAAAUUUGUGAAAAUGAUAUGCAAUUCUUUAUUUUAAGUCUAUUAAUUAUAAAUGAUGAUUGGCUUACAUCGUAAAAAAUGAGAGAUGUAAUGUUCUAGUUAAUAUAAGAAAAAUUAUGUACAAAAAUUGAAUAGCUAUUACUUGAUUGACAUUUAUUUUAGUUAAAAUAUUUUUAGUUUAAUGUACCCGAUUCUUUAUAAACAAUAUGAACAUUUUCAUUCUAUAUUUAGGUGAGAUACAUGUCAGUAUGAAUAUGUAUUGACUGUUGUAAUAAUUAUAAUUAAAAUCUAUAUUAUCUCCUUAGUUAUCAGACACUUAGCAUUUACAUGAUAUGUAUGUGUUUUACAAUUAUCAUUGUAUCAGUACCCAAGUUUAAUUGUGAUAUAUUUAAUAAUUGCAUUCUUUAUUUUGAUAUAAUAAUUUAGAUAAAUACAGCUUCAGAUAAAUACUUUGUAAUUGAAUCAAUGUUAUACGUAAUUCUAUCAUGAAUGUAUUAUUAUAAAAGUUAACAAAGUGCUCUAUAUGCUUUAUGAUAAUUUUAAGCUGAAAUAGAUAUAUAUUAGUUGAAUUAUAAGAUCAGAAAGAAAAAGCGGUGUUAUCAAGUCAUUUAUUAUUAAAUUAUGGAAAAUUAGACACCUUGAUCAUAAAUGCAUUUUAAACUAGUAUGAAAAUGUUUAUUUUUUGAAAUUUUGAUGCUUAUUUCUUUCAAAUUGUUUUGUUGUAAUUAUUCUGCAUUUGCAUAAAGUUCUAAAUAUCAUACAAUACUAUCAAGAAAGUGCAUAUAUAUAAGUUUGUGUUCCAGUAACUAACUACCAAAUAAGAUGAUUACUGAUAAUGUCACAGAGUACAUAUUCUAGUUUUAUGUAACUAUAGAUACACUUGUGCACAAAAUAAAUUCAUCAAGUGUGGACACGGAUAAACUGAGGCGGUAAAUCACUAUUCAUAAUUGGGUAUAUUAAAAAUUUUAAAUACUCAUACUGCCACAGUAAUUAUCAAUUAUUGAAUUGGUAAUUACAAUUAUAUGUACAUAUCUGCAUGUCUUAAGAUAAUACACAAUUAAAAUUUCUGAGCUAAA